AUGUCUACCAGAGUCAGCGCAAAUGGCACUGUGGGCAUGCCACGCAUCCAGGACGUCCUUCGCACCCCCGAAGACCUCGAAAAGAUCGCAAGCCUGAAAGCAGAAAUCAAUCGCAAAAAGGGCGACGUGGACGCCAGAUUAAGAGAAGGAUUGCAGGACCACCUGGACACUACACAGAAUGGCAUGUCAACUCUAUCCGAAGGGCAGAAACUCGUUGGACAAAUUAAAGAGGAAAUGAAGACCAUCUAUGAUCUCUGCGAGCAAGCCCAGGCUAUUCGCAAGAACUUCCCUCAGCUGGACUAUCUCGCAAAAGUCCAUCGGAAUUUCGAAGCAACCCGGGCAAUGCGGGCAGGUCUGGAUAGCUUCGAAAGAGACUGCUCCUAUGUCCAAAGACUGCUGGAAGACGACGAGAACGAUCUGUACAAACAGUCAAAUCUCCUUGAGGCUUACAUGCGCCUGACCCGACUGCGCGACUUUCGAGAUGAAGCAUUGGACCAGAUUCGACGAGCGAGAGACUCGAGUUUGGAGCAGACAUUGCUCGACUGGUUUCAACAGCUGGACAACAUCGUUGAGCUUUUUGAUGAGCAUAUUGGUUUCGUUUGCAUGAAUCUCAUCGACCUGAUUCAACGGUCUGAUGACACUAGCAUCAUUGUAAGACUAGCCAUCGUGCUUGCGUCAGAGGAGAAGAACGAUGAUCGAGUCCGCGCGCUCCAAGAUGCCCAGAAGGAUCAUCAAGAUCUUGUGAGCAAAUUCACAUCUUUCAACAUCGGACCAAAAGCAACCCGCGGAUACAAAGAAAAGUUCCUGCAAGCUAUCGAAAAUGUUGCAGAAGGCAAAUUUCAACAGACGCGGCAAGAGUUUCAAGAGGAUCCUUCCAAACUUAAAAGUCAGACUAGGUGGUUCUUUGAAGACAUUAACGCCGUGAAGCAGGGGAUGCAGAACCUCUUCCCAAAAAAGUGGAAAAUUUUCAACACCUAUGUGGAUAUCUACCACAAGCAGAUACACGACUUUCUCAUAUCCUUUGUGGACGCCGAAGACCUCCGACCGCCGCAGAUGUUGGGUAUCGUCCACUUCAUCGAUGAUUAUUACAAGAGAAUGAACAAGCUGGGCGUCUCACAGACUCAACUGAAACCCCAUGUUCUCGAUUCUCGUGAAGGCGACCUUAUCCGUGACUACAGAAACAUCAUCACUAAAGCUCUCAACUCUUGGAUUGACAGAAUGUAUGUGACCGACAGGAAGAACUUUCUGUCUAAAACCCCAGACGCCAUCGAACAAGACCCAGACGGACAUUUCAGAACCAAGACACUUGGCGACAUGUGGCGUAUGCUGCAUGAACAAGCCGUUGCAGCAGGCGACUCCGAACGUGAAGACGUCGUUGAAGGCGUUAUGAGCGCCAUGUUCGGUGCACUCAAAUCACGGCAGCAGCAGUGGGAGAAACUAGUGGACGAAGAGUUGGAGCGAUACAAGAAUCCGACGCCAGAACAACUCGAAACCUUACAGCAACUCCAAGACUGGCUUCUCGCCAUUGCGAAUGAUCAGAUUGCCUGCGUGGAUGACGCUGCUGGAGAUGUGCUAGAUGAUCCCACAGCCCAAAAGGGCUACCUGACGCGAUUCAGAGAGGAUUUCAUCAAACUACCCACUCCCCCCUCCGCGAAAUUCAUGUCUACCAAUGGAACCGCAGAACUGGAUGCCCUCCGAGAUGGUUACGUAGACUUGGCCACUCACUGCAUCAAUCGGUUUGUUCAACUUAUAUUCAGAGUCGACUUCCGGACGAUCUUGACAGAGCUAUUCGUGCCAGGGAAGUGGUAUGAACAGUCCGCAAUGCAGAGGAUCACUACCACGUACGACGACUACAUUGGAGACUACAGUUCCGUACUGCAUCCAUCCUUGAUCGAUAUUCUGAUUGAAGAGCUAUCAGACGCCCUUCUGGUGAGCUAUCUAACAUCGAUCCGCACCAAUCGCGGCGUAAAAUUCAGGCGGGGGGAACCUUUUGCGGCAAGAUUCAGAGACGAUGUACUCGCCGCUUUUGCCUUCUUUGAAAAAUACCCUGAAAGCUUCAACGAAACAAUCAAACCCAAGUGGAAAGUCGUGAAUUUUACUGUACAGCUGCUGGAAACUGACAAGAACGACGUUGUACGAGUGUAUGAGCAAUUCAAGCGCGAGUUCUGGGACCUUCAAUUGAGUUGGGUAGAAGGGGUCUUGAAGACUCGCGACGAUUGGGAUCGUGGUAUGAUCACGGCAGUCAAACGAGCAGCGGCAAGCACAUACGCAGAACGUGGUAUAGAUACAGUCAUGGGCAAGGUCAAGUAA